ACUCAUUCCUUCUUCCUCCACCACCUACUCUCUCCUCCAAAUUCCAUGGCCAAGAAUUCACUUGAAUAAUUCCCUUCGUAUCCCCUCCUCCUAAAGCCGUUUCUCACAGUCAUGACUCCCUUUUCUUGUUCCUCCUCCACCAGGACUAAUCGUCAUUUCUAUCUACUUAAACACCGGUAUAUUGAACCCCAACUGCCCAAGAAAGAGACCCUUUUCUUCAAAACUCACAAGCUUCCACCCAAACCUUAUCUUCCACUUUUGAGCUUGAAGAAUUCUAAAAACUCUAACCCUUUUGCUGGUACAUCUUCCCUUGCAGAUGCAGAAGGUGGGGAAGAACAAAAAGAAGGAACCAAUGAGGAGAAGUAUCAGGGGAAUGCCAAAGCAGAGGAGGGUGACUUGCCUGGAAUGGCUCAAGCCUUUAAUAUAUCUUCCAAAACAGCCUCUGCUAUAUCAGUAGGCAUAGCGUUUGCAGCUCUGAUUUUGCCACUUUUCAUGAAGUCUCUGAGUCAAGGACUUGGUUUGAAGACUAAACUUCUAUCUUAUGCGACCCUGUUGUUUGGAUUUUACAUGGCUUGGAAUAUUGGAGCCAAUGAUGUGGCUAAUGCCAUGGGGACUUCGGUUGGAUCAGGGGCGUUGUCACUGCCUCAGGCAGUGUUAACUGCUGCGAUUUUGGAGUUCUCCGGGGCGCUGUUGAUGGGGACUCAUGUGACUAGUACAAUGCAGAAGGGGAUUCUGGUAAUGGAUGUGUUUCAAGGGAAGAAUACAUUGCUUUUUGCAGGGCUGCUCUCUUCUUUAGCUGCUGCUGGUACUUGGUUACAGGUUUCGUCCUACUAUGGUUGGCCCGUCUCCACAACUCACUGUAUAGUAGGAUCAAUGGUAGGAUUUGGCCUUGUUUAUGGUGGAUCUGGUGCCGUGUUCUGGGGCUCCCUAGCAAGGGUGGCUUCAUCUUGGGUGUUCUCACCAGUCCUGGGAGCAUUGAUGUCUUUUAUUGUAUACAAAUGCAUCCGCAGAUUUGUUUACAGUGCUCCAAAUCCCGGCCAAGCUGCAGCGGCGGCUGCCCCAAUAGCCGUUUUUUUGGGUGUCACUGGAAUAUCAUUUGCAGCCUUUCCUCUGAGCAACAGCUUGCCUGUGUCUCUUGCCCAAGCUUUGGCAUAUGGAGCAGCCGGAGCGAUCAUAGUUUAUAGAAUCAUAAAACAACAGCUAGGUCAUCUGCUCAUUAAAUCCGCUUCAACAGAACAAGAUACUAAAGAGAACACAGUUGAGACUAAAAACCUUGGAUUUCUUUCAGAAGUUGCAGGCCCCAAAGGCACCCAGUUAGAAAUAGUUUAUGGAGUUUUUGGAUACAUGCAGGUCCUCUCUGCAUGCUUCAUGUCCUUUGCUCACGGUGGAAAUGAUGUUUCCAACGCAAUAGGCCCUCUGGCUGCUGCAUUGUCCAUUCUUCAUGGUGGUGCCAGCGGGACAGAGAUUGUGAUUCCUACAGACGUUCUCGCAUGGGGAGGGUUCGGCAUUGUUGCUGGGGUCAUGAUGUGGGGAUACAGAGUGAUAGCCACAAUAGGGAAGAAGAUAACAGAGCUAACCCCAACAAGAGGGUUUGCAGCUGAGUUUGCUGCAGCUUCUGUGGUUCUGUUUGCAUCAAAGCUUGGAUUGCCAAUCUCAGCGACACAUACUCUGGUUGGAGCAGUCAUGGGGGUAGGGUUUGCAAGGGGACUGAACAGCGUUAGAGCAGAAACAGUGAAGGAAAUUGUGGCUUCCUGGGCUGUGACAAUUCCAGUUGGGGCAACUUUUGCAGUUUUCUACACAUGGAUCUUGACUAAGCUUUUGUCACAUAUAUUAUGAGUACAAAUUUAAUAGGUGAAAAUGAACAGCUUGAAUGUCUAUGAUGAAUUGAAAUUACCCAUCCUUUUUUCUUCCUUUCGCUAUUGUGGGAUUUUUAUGUCCUUUUCUAGCUGAGAUGAUUUCCUCAAAGUGGAAAUCACCAAAUUCAUAUUUUGGAUUUGAGACGACAGCAGCUGUUUUUACUUUUGGAAUUUGAGAGGAUAAACAAUGGUUUUACCUCGCCUUUUUAUGCUAAAUUUUCAUGCUUUUUUUUCUUUUUUAACAAAUGUACUUGACACGU